AUGAGACGUUUCUUGACUUACGUGUUGCCAGUCCUCUACGGGACUGUUCUCGUUCUAUCUCCAGGUGAUACCAGUGAAACAUCGAUUAUCACUUCUGCCGCGAUAUUCUGUCUCGGUGCAUUGCCCUUUGGAUACGCCGCUGGCCCCAGAUACGUACCGAAAUGGAAGAAACAGGCGUGUGAAAUUCCAGCCGCACAGCACCCAAAUUCUCACUACGUGUGUGAUGAGGCCGGCGAAGUGAAAUGCCUACCAGGAUGGACCGGCGAUCUUUGCGACGUUCCAUUAUGCCGCAAGGGCUGCGAUCCCCUUCAAGGUUACUGCCGAAGGCCCGGCGAAUGCCAGUGUAAAUUCGGCUUCUACGGUGAACUCUGCGACAAGUGUGUUGCGUUACCCGGAUGCCAACACGGAAGAUGCAACGUGAGUUUCGAAUGCGCUUGUGAUCCUGGCUGGAAGGGUUUGUUCUGCUCGGAGCCCAUAUGCGAUCCAGAUUGCAAUCCGAGUCAGGGAUACUGCAUGAGACCCGGCGAAUGCAGAUGCAGAUUAGGUUGGCAAGGGCCCAAGUGCAAACAGUGCGCUGUACUUCCGGGUUGUGUUCAUGGGACGUGUCAAGGGCCCCUUGAGUGUCGCUGCGAGCCGGGAUGGAAGGGCUUUCUCUGCCAAACACCUAUUUGUUCACACGGGUGCAGCAGAGAGAACGGGGUGUGCAUGAGGCCUGGGACUUGCAGAUGCAGGGUUGGGUAUACUGGACCCAAUUGCACGGAGUGCGUGCCGUAUCCAGGGUGCGUCCAUGGCACCUGUCGCAGACCCUGGGACUGCCGAUGUCAGCCGGGAUGGGCCGGCGAUCUUUGCGACGAGAAAUUGACCUUCUGCGAUGGACAUCCUGAUAUAUGUCAGAACAAUGGGACGUGCAUUAGUAUGACUAAGGAGGAUGGCGAUUACAGAUGCAUUUGCCCACUGGGAUACAUGGGUCGGCAAUGUCAAAUUGAGACAGUGGAGCCGGCAACGGACUUGACCCCUCCAUUGCCGAUCGAGAAGCCCAUAGAAACGGAAGUUCCCUCCGUCAAACCCGAACAGUCCGAAAAACCAGAUGACCAGAAGAAUAUUGGAGAGUCGCAAACAGUUGCUAACUCUGAGCCAUCCUCAGCUGCUCCUGGACACGAUGUCCUCGGAGAUGGGGGGGAAAAAGUAGCGACUGUCGAACCGUUGGGACCUAUUGUGAUCACCGACUUGCCGACCACCCUUCAGCCAGCGGCGACUGCGGGUAAAUGGCCGACUGAACCGCCAACAGAAGCGCCUGUGACCGACAGCGACGCCGACAACGAGGCCUGA